AUGUUCACUGGUCGAACAGCGGCAUUCCUGGGCGUUAACAACGGGGACACUGGCGCUUUCGCGUGCGCGCGGACGUUGAGGCGGCAGAGCGCGCCAUCAAACGGCUCGCAGCUGUGUCCCUUAGAGGUUGCUCUCUUGAGGCGACGCUAUGCGCCAGUCCGGCUGCGGGCACCGGGUGUACCGCGGACGAGCUGCGCGUUCGCACUGGCGAGUGUCGCCACUGGUCCCGUGUACCCGCAGCCGACGUCGGGCGAUGACCCGAACCUCGUUGACCUGCGGCGCGCGCCUCGGCGUCGAGUGUGUCUCGUGGUUGAACCGACGCCGUUCACGCACGUGUCCGGGUAUUCGAAUCGUUUUAAUGAGCUAUUACGGUAUUUGAAAGAGGCCGGCGACGAGGUAUUGAUCAUAACCCCCGAUAACUCGCCGGACGCACCGCAAGAAGUGUUCGGUUAUCCGGUUAUAACCAUCCGGGGUUUCAAGUUUGCACUCUAUCCACGCAUUACGCUCUCAAUCGGCUUUGGUAGUGGCAUGGUUUUCGGAAGGCGCAGUUUGCUGCAGCGCGUUCGCGAGUUCGAUCCUGACCUCAUCCACUUGGCAACACCCGGAUUCCUGGUAUUUGCCAUCCUUCUCAUGGCGCGUGUUCUGCGCAAGCCACUUGUUGCAUCGUAUCACACACAUCUACCAAUGUAUGCGAAAACUUAUGGGUUAGGGAUUCUCAUAGGACUGGCGUGGACACUCAUGCGUUUCUGUUUGAAUCGCGCAGACCUGACGCUGGCGACGUCUCCACAGAUAUGCGCAGAACUUCGACAACACGGCAUCGAGCGCGUGGACCUCUGGCGAAAAGGCAUCAACACGGAGCGCUUCCAUCCGCGUUUCCGCAACGAUGAUGGUGGUGCGAUGCGGGCGCGGCUCACAGAUGGCCAUCCUACCGCGCCGCUGCUGGUUUACAUCGGGCGACUCGGUGCCGAGAAGAAUCUGCUGAGUUUGAAGCGGAUCCUCACCUGUUGUCCACCCGGAACGCGACUCGCUUUCGUCGGUGACGGACCGUACGCCGAGACGGUACGGCGACAUUUCGCAGGUCUGCCCGUGGUCAUGACCGGACAACUACACGGCGAUGAUUUAUCGCGAGCAUUCGCCUGUGCCGACGUAUUUGUGAUGCCCUCAGAGAGCGAAACCCUUGGGUUUGUGGUACUGGAGGCCAUGGCAUCGGGUGUGCCUGUAGUUGCCACAGCAGCUGGCGGUAUCCCCGAUCUGAUUGUUCACGGCGAGACAGGAUUUCUGUACACCAAGGGCAACACCAGCGAGGCUGCAACCUAUGUAUGUGCCCUACUCGGCGAUGCCGUCAUGCGCAAACGGAUGGGCGACGCUGCUCGUCGCGAGGCGGAGCGCUGGAGUUGGUGUGCUGCAACCGCCUGGAUCCGCAAUGUGCAGUACAAUCGAGCGAUGAACAAUUUUCGUUUCCGAGCACUUGGAGGCCUCGGCUUGCCGCGAUCGCUCUCGUGGCUGCGCUGGCUGCGCCGCCAGCUCGCUCGGGCAUUCUUCAAACCUGCUUGA